AUGCAUAACCACCCAACGGAAACCCUCAAAACCCUGAUAGACUCUGGCGCAACAUCCAAUUUUAUAUCACCCGCCAUAGUUGAAAAAUAUAAAAUACCAAAAACCCUACUCGAAAAUCCACGAGUAGUGAGAAUGUUAGAUGGUACAAUAUCCCAGACUGGUCGCAUAUGGCACCAGGUACAACUUGCGGUCUCGGCCAACGGCCAUCCCCAUUCCAUCCCCUUCCUAGUCUGCCCUAUUGGCAAUACCCCAGCUAUACUUGGCAUGACAUGGCUUACCCAAGAAUCCCCACUCAUCGACUGGUCCUCUGGCAUAAUUUCAUUCCCAGACCAAGCCAAAAUUGCUUCCAAGGAAGAGGCCGAUCCAGACCCAUUAGCCGACUUACCUGAGCAAUACCACAAAUUUGCUAAGGUCUUUGGGGAAGAAGAGUUCAAGGUCCUACCCCCCCAUCGGGAAUAUGAUAUAGCCAUUGACCUGAUUCCGGAUGCCAAACUCUCACCUGGGCCCAUUUACGGCAUGACUGACGCGGAAUCAAAGGCACUGAAACAACACAUUGAUGAGGAACUGGCAACGGGCAAGAUCUGCCCUAGUACUUCCUCGGCAGGUGCCCCGGUCAUGUUUGUAAAGAAGGCGGACGGGUCCCUCAGACUAGUUGUUGACUAUAGAAAGCUGAAUGACGUCACCCAUAAGAACGUAUACCCGUUACCAAGACAGGACAAUCUCAUGGCUAAACUCAGACAUGCCAAGAUCUUCACUAAAUUGGACUUACGCUGGGGGUAUAAUAAUGUCCAAAUCAAGGAAGGUGACGAAUGGAAAACGGCCUUCAGAACCAAAUAUGGCCUGUUCGAAUACCUAGUUAUGCCCUUUGGUCUUACCAAUGCCCCCGCAGCGUUCCAGCAUUUCAUGAACGACUUAUUUAGGGACCUCAUUGAUGUCACUGUGGUUAUAUACCUGGAUGAUAUACUGAUCUUCUCAGAGAAACCCGAAGACCACCCAACCCAUGUCAGGGAGGUCUUAUCACGGCUGAUGAAGAACCAGUUAUUCUGCAAACUCUCUAAGUGUCACUUCCAUGUCACAACCGUAGAUUAUCUUGGUAUCGUCAUCUCCCCAGCUGGGUUCUCAAUGGACCAAAAGAAGAUUGAGGCCGUCACUUCCUGGCCCACUCCCAAAACGGUCAAACAGGUUCAGGCCUUCCUAGGAUUUGUCAACUAUCUUAGACGUUUCAUUCCUAAUUUCAGCUUGGUUGCACGCCCCCUCCACAACCUCACCAAGAAGGAAACCCCCUGGUCAUGGGGUAACCUGGAGGAAGCAGCGUUCCAGGAACUAAAACUCCUUGUUACCCAGUCACCGGUCCUCAUCCAUUCCAACCCAAACCUACCCUAUUACUUGGAAACAGAUGCAUCGGGAUCGUUCUCAGGGGCAGAAGCAAACUAUGACACCCACGACAAGGAACUUCUGGCAAUCAUCAAGGCUUUGGAGGAAUGGAGAAUAUUCCUGGAGGCAACAGAAAAGCCGAUACAAGUUGUCCUAGACGUCUGUAAGGACGUCGAGGGUGCGGGCGCUUGUGGCCGUGUAACUACUACAGAGAACCGCUUAAGGCGGCGAUGGGUACCCUACAACGACGAACCAACUAUCUACGAUGACCGCGCGCUUUAA